UCCUUUCCCCUUUUCCUUCUUCGUGGAUCGUCUCCUCAAUCUUGAUGUCCACCUACCCCCUAUUCAAGGGUCUCCCUCUCUCUUUCGCGGUUGUACUGUACAACUUGGCUCCCUUACACCUACCUCCCCUUUCCAUGAUCUCUUGUCGGCAUUUCCAUCCUUAUCCUUUUCGUCGUCCCGAACGAGCCCCUCCGAUGAGGGCUUUCCACUGUCACUGUAGAGAGGUCACUCGCACGCAGAGUCUAGGUACAUACAGGGACACAUAAGCUGUUUCAUGAGGC